UUGGAGGGCCUUGGCCCAGUGGACUUUCAGAGCCAUUCGCGCCCUGGGCUGCUCGACAAUCAUCACCGAUCAUCCUUAACAAAUUCCGUAGCCAUCUUGGUACAAGUUUGGGAUCUGCCGACGAUCUCGUCUCUCGUUCCCUGGCAUGGUCGGUUGGCUACUACCGUAGCUUUUGUGAUUGCAGAUAAGAUGUUGCAUCGGUCCAGCCAGCGGGAGCUCUGGAAGAUGUUGAGUCUCGCCGCAAUGGUGACAGUCGGAGCUGGGGUGUUCUUCUCCCUGCACUUCGCGCUGGUAGCUGCCGAGGAUCGCCACAAGGCCGCCGACGAGGCCGCUGGUUCCAGCCUCAGGCUAAACCUGAAGCGUGCCCUCCAGACUCGCCACCAGAAGGCCACCGCUGACGCUUCUGGGUCCAACCGCGGGCGCAGCCCGAGCCCGAGGGCAGCGCCGCCGGCCAGGGGCUCCGCGCUGCCGCGGCCGCCGCGGCCCCCGCGCCGGCGCCGAGCUCGCCGUCCCUCAGCGGAGCAGCGCCUCGGCCGCCAGGGAGCCUUGGACGCGAGCGCCUCGCGGCCCUGUCGCCCAAUGUGGAGUACCUCGUGCGGCAGCCGCCCGAG